AUGGCAGGUUGGAGCUUGUUGACACCGUACGCCAUUGCAAGUGCGACGCGAGACCGAUUCGCACGUCGGGCCAACAAAAGCUCAACAACAGCAGCAGCACCAGCAACAACAACAGCAGCAGCUAGUGAUGAUCACGACUCUCCGACCGCAGCAGCAGCCAGGGAUGAUAUUGAUGCGUCAACAGCAACAGCAGCAACCAGUGAUGACAACAAAGCUCCGACCGCAGCAGCAGCUAGUGAGAACGAUGAUGUUGUGGCGGCUUUGCCAUCAUCUGCGACGAAAUCGCUCAAACUGUACGCCAAUAUGGUGAGUCAGCCCAGUCGCGCAGUUGCAUGGGUGUUGAAGGUCAAAGGCGUUGAGUACGAGUUCGUGCACGUGGAAUUUGGCGGUAAGCUCAUCAAGUCGGACCAGUUCAAGUCGUGGAACCCCAACGCGCUCGUGCCCGUGCUCUGCGACAAUGACUUUUUGCUCUUUGAAGGCAACGCCAUCCUGACGUACGUCGCCGUGAAGUUUGGCUGGACGGACUUGUGCCCAGUUGACAUGCAGAUACGUGCCAAGGUGGACGAGUUCCUGCACUGGCACCACACCAAUACGCGCUUGUUCACAACGCAGAUCGUGCGUCCAGCCGUGGCCAAGGCAACGAAGAAGGCUUCGCCUGCCGAUGUAGCACAUCUGGACAACGCAGAUGCACUUAUUGAGCAGGAGAUGACGCUGCUGGAGUCGUUCCUCCUCGAUCACGACUACGUCGCUCACACUGAUGCACCAACGGUGGCUGACUACGCAGCGUACUGUGAGAUCGAUCAGCUGGAAAUGAUGGGCUACGACUUUGCCAAGUAUAAACGAGUGGCCGCCUGGAUCGCACGGAUGAAGCAACUUCCAUUCCACGACGACGUGCGCAAAGACCUCGACGAUUUCUUGCAAGACGCUGGGUUGCGUGCUCGAGUCAAAAACACGAUCGAGCUGUAG